UUUCUCCGUGUCGUUGUCGUCGCAUUUCUUCCUUUCAUAUAUUUUAUUUUACAACACAACUAAUUUCUCCGAUUAAAUAAAUAAAUUUCACUUUAUUUACACAGAAUUUUCAAGAAAAUCGUUUAAUUUCUCCCCAAGAAAGUAUUUGCAAUGUGAUUAAUUUAAUUAAUUGUUAAUAAGUACAAAGUAAUUUGCCAUUGAUCAAUACAAAAUAUAAUAUUUGGUUCCUGCUUGGUUCGAAAGAAUUUUUUUUGCAACUUUUCUUUUAUACAUAUUUGUGGAAUUUUCAUUUCACUUGCAUUUUUCUUCCUCGUCGCUGUCGUUGUCGUCUGAAUUCUGUUCGUUGGUUGAUUUUACGUUUUUUGAGAGAGUUGUUAUUGAGGUGCACUUGUCGUUGUCGCCGUCGUUGUUUCCGUCGCAGUCAUUAUUGUCGUCUGUCUAUAAAUGUCGAGUGGGUUUUUAAUAAGUUAAAAGUGUAUUAAUGCUCCGAUAAUAGCAAAGCAAGGAAAAGCAUAUCAAGAGCAGCAACAAGAAGAAUUAAAAGAGAAAUGCCAUUAAAAUUUUUGAAAAAAUCUCGCCACUACAAUGUCACUUCGAAGAGCCUGUUUGUCAUAUCGGUUCAUCAUCUCCUAGAUACCUCAACAACAGUCGAUUGCACACUAAGUUCAGAGAGUAAAGGUCAAGAGUGUCUUGAUAAUGUGUGCCAAAGGCUGUCCAUUAGUCAGCCAGAACUCUUUGGACUGCGUUUCAUAGUCAAAGGGAAGGAAGACGAACUGAAAUGGAUUGAUUUAGAUCGUCCCCUUAGCAGGCAGCUGGAAAAAUAUGCCGCCGGCCCGAAAAUAUUCCUUCGGGUUCUGCAUUACGUCACAACUGGUGUAAAACAUCUCAGCGAUGAGGUAUCACGCUACUAUUAUUUCCUGCAACUUAAAAACGAUGUAGUUGAAGAACGUAUUGCAUGUGAUGUGCGAACAGCCAUCUUGCUGGCUCUCUAUUGCCGACAGGCCGAGUACGAUAGCUAUCAGCGAGACAAACACACAAAAGACUACCUCCGAACUCGCUUGAUACUCCCAAAGAGUCUGAUGCACGAUGGCUUCGAUGAGAGUCUAAUUGACGAAGUUCAACAGCUCAAUCCAACCAUACAGCAUCUUAGUCAGAGUCAAGCCGAAGAAAUGUAUAUAAAAUGUUGUCAGCGCCUAGAUGGCUAUGGUGAAGAGAGAUUCUCGGCAAAAGAUUCGCUAGGCAACGAUAUUCAAUUGGGCUUGACAAUCAAUGGUAUUGUUGUUAAUUCACAAAUCGGAAGGCAGUAUUAUCCGUGGAAGGACUUUCUGAUGGUAGUGAAUGCUAAGCGAUCGAUUAAUAUCGAGCAGAAAAAGGACGAACUGAUCUACACGGUGGCCUCGUUUACUCUUCCAGAUGCUGAUACUGCUAGAUACAUAUGGAAGUUGUGUGUGACGCAGCAUAUAUUCUUCAAAAACUACAUAGAUGAGGAGGCGGACAGUGAAAAUGGUGGUAUCCAUCCGGAGUCAAUACAGAAUUUCGCACAGGACUUUGGAGAUAGUCGGGAAGAUUUGCUACUGGAGCAACAGCGGGCCAUAUACACACCAGAAUUUCAAAUGGUCGGACCUGGUGGAGUUCAGAACUCAAUAAUGUCAUCAAAUAUUUCACUUGCAACAAGUAGUCAGCACCAGCAGGCACGCACGCCUAACCAAAGCUGGGCUAACAUCCCCCAGGAAUAUGCAUCGUCAACGAAUUGUAGCUUUACAAAUAUGGUUGUGGAUCCACUCGAUAACCGGGUGCAGAGUACGUCGUGCUUGGACCUAAGUAAUAAUAAUAACUUUUCGCAUGAGCGAGAACGUCUCAAAGCGAUGCUACCGACAUACCGGCCAGCUCCGGACUAUGAAACUGCUGUGCAACAGAAGUAUCGUGCAAGCUCAAAUGAAAUUCACAACAUUAAUCAUCAGACUAUUGCCUCAGCAGCGGCGCUACGAGUCACCUCAUCUGGCGCUAUGCUGUCUCCAGACCCCAACUUCUAUUCCGGCAGUCAACCCGAUGUGCACAAUAUGUCUGCCACAGAGAACAUCCUGCACCAUCUGGCACCUCAUAGAUACCCAGAUGUAACGCAGACAGCUCAAACAAUGCAAAAUCAAAUCAACCCAAACAACGUGUACACUAAUAUCGACUUGGCGCAACGGCUUCAGAUGAUGCGAACAAAACCACCCCCACCAUAUCCGGCGAACCGUUUAAGUUCCACAUCUACUCCAGACCUAGCAGUGGCCAGUCACCGAACACUACUAGGCUAUCGUGCUUAUGUCUCCGGCUCCAGCCCUGACCUGGUUUCCAAUCGUAAUCUACUUAGUAAUCAAUAUCAUCCAAUAGUCUAUCCAUACAUGAAUCACAUUGGUCAUUCACAGCCUUAUUUGGCCCAUGGAACAUUCGAGAAUCUUAACAUGAUCGAAGAACAACCGUCCCUGGUUUUGCCGCUUCCACCACCGACGCAACAACCGCCACCACCUCCCCUUCAGCAGCAAAUUCCGACACCACCGCAACAAAUUUAUCGACCCCCUAAGUUCCCAGAUACCAAUGGUGGAGGUCUUCAAAGGUCUGCAAUGAAUGGAUCUAUAGAACCAAUUUACGAGAAUGUCCCUCUGCCGCAUUGCUACACCUCGGAAAAUUCCACCGAGAUGAGAAAUCGAACUUCAAGUAUUCAGUCGGCUCCCGGUGGCAUUCAUCAGGCCACUCCAAUUGCUCAAAUGCAUUCGGAAAUCGAUGGCAUUACGCUUAACAUGCAACGUUUACACACCAACAGCAAUGGCAACGGAGGUUUACCCCAAAUGGAGACGACCAACGAUACACUUAUACAAAUGAACCUGCACAAGCCACCAACGCCAACACUUCUAACGACGCCACCACGCCACGAAAAGCUCGCCUCACCCUCACCCAUCGCUCCACCUCGUAAGGCGAAUUUAAUGAAGACAACGUCCGAUGUACUGCCGCAUCCAUCGAAAAACUUCAAUGACGAUCAUUACAACACUUCCCAUUCGUCAUCGUCGUAUUUGAAUUCCACACAAACGACAUUGAACACAACUUUAGAUUCAGUGAAUACAUCCACGGCAAGCAGUGCGACAAAGGAGAAGCGAAAAAAACGCUGGAAUAUUUUGGGUCGUAGUAAGAAUUCUGCAGAAAAGGAACGCAAAAGUGCCACUCUUGGCCGAGAUAAGAGUAAAAAUCAAGUGAAAGUAGAACUCUCACAGGAAGAAAUGAACCUGAGGCAUCGAUGGUCGACGGGCCUGCCUCGACUUCAACCGAUAUCGGCUACUUACAGUAAAGAUAAGUUGUGUCAGAUUUUGGAUGCAAAACUGAAUGACUCGCAGCUUUUUAUGGAAUUUGAACGAAUACCAAAACGACGAGAAAGUGCGCGCUAUGAAUGUGCACUUUUGGAAGAGAAUAUGAGAAAAAACUCAGAUCCGAAUUUUUUGCCAUACGAUGAUAAUCGUGUACGAAUAACUCCAUCGAUGGAAAAUAGACAUGGUUAUGUGAAUGCUUCGCAUAUUUCUGCAACAGUUGGUACAAAACAAAGGUUCUAUAUUGUCGCUCAAAGUCCUCAAGUUGAUUUAAUGAAGAAAAUGUUCUGGCAAUGUGUUUGGGAAGCAGAUGUUUAUUUGAUUGUUCAACUAUCAGAGGAGCUCAAUUAUAUUCCACCUGAUACUAAUCAAAGAUUAGAAUUUGGACAAUUUCAAGUUUAUCAAGAAUUCUCUCAAACAACUGACAGAUGUAUUACAAGUAAAUUACGAUUAUACCAUGUACAAUCGAGACGAUACAGAUCGGUGUGGCAUUUAAAUUAUACAGAUUGGGCUGAACAGAAUUGUCCGCGUGAAGUGAAUCAUUUUUUGGAUUUCUUGGAAGAAUUGAAUUCAGUUCGAAUGGCAUCAAUAAAUGAGGUGCCACCUGGUCACAAUACAAAUCCACCGGUAUUAAUACAUUGUUUAGAGGGUGGUGGACGUUCGGGUGUUGCGCUUACAGCGGAUCUUCUGUUAUAUACAUUAGAUCAUAACGAGGAUCUAGAUAUUCCAAGGGUCAUUGGACAAUUGCGACACCAACGUGAUAGCAUAAUUCCUUCUUUAGCGCAAUACAAAUUCAUCUACGCACUAUUAAUAACAUAUCUAAAGCGAACGAGAUUAAUUUAGAUUCUAGACAAGCAGCUACUAACAAUUUAAAUUAAAAGAAACCGUAAGAACUUAAUUAAGAUCACUCAUUGUCCGCCCAAUUUAAACAAUUUAAUAAAGAAAAAGUAUUCAAAAUUAGUAUUUGAAGAAUAAAAUACAAGCCUUUCAUAAGAUAAAAUCAACAAUUUAAAAUUAAUAAUACGAAUACGUAAAACAAAAAAUGAAAAUGAAAAACAAACGUGUGAUCAAAAUGCAACUAAGAGCAAUUUAAAAAAUUGGAAGAUAUUAUGUGCCUUAAUAAUUUACUAUGCAAAAGAAUUU